CACCGUAGUGCGCGAUGGAGUUAUGUUAUGUAGAGAGGAGGAUAAGGGUGGUGGAGUGUAGCACUCGCUCAUGCGCAUAUGGAACCCCGCCCUGUCGUUUCGGACGAAAGCCUGUCCCAUCGAGGACUUUUGUACGACGUUGGACGACUAGUCGCGUUUUAACUCGCGGUCCGCGAGGCGGAUGGUGCCGGGACACACAAGAUCAGACAAGUACGGCUCCUUUUCGUAAGAGCAAAAGAGGCUUAUCGUCUCUAUCUCUUCUUGUUCCUCCUCCUUCUUUUUAUCAUCAUCGUCAUUAUCAUCGUUACCGUUGUCAAUAUCCAAGAAUUCUCACUGUUUUUAUGCUCCUUUCUUUCUCUAUCUACCUCUAUCUAUCUCUAUCCAUCUCUAUCUAUUUCUCUCUUUCUCUUUCUCCCUCUCUUUUAUAUAAGAAGAAUAUAACAAAGCGCGCGCCUGAGGAGAGGAGAAAGCUCUCGUGUAUACAUCAGUACAGGUGGUUCGUGCAAGGAUCGAUCGUAGGAUAACGUCGUUGUAACGCGUGAUUCAAUAUUCUCAGUCUAACUCUUUAACUCUUUCUCUCUCUCUCUUUCUCCGUCUAUCUCUCUAUCUAUCUACAUCUCUAUCUCUUUCUCUCUCUCUCUCUCCCUUCCUUUUCUUUCUCUCUCUCUCUUUCUUUUCUCUCUUUCUAUCUAUCUAUCUAUCUAUCUAUCUAUCUAUCUAUGUAUCUAUUUAUCUAUCUAUCUCUCUAUAUUUCUUUCUCGUCGACAAAGAAAAAUUUCUGAGAAAAGGAGAACGAUAGAAAAGGCGGGACAUCUUGGAAAAUGUCAAGGAGCAACUAGAGUCGUUCGAAGAAAAGAACUACAUACCGAAGGAUAUUCGUAAGUGAAUAAGAUCUGGAGAAAAAUUAAAAAGAGAUUGUACUGAUAGAAUCAGAUAUCAAAGGGAGAAAGAGUAAAGGAUAUGGUAAUGUGUUACAUAGAUUACUCGUUAUUUCCAUGUAUAAACAAGUAGGAAGUAUCACCGAAAGGACAUUCACAAAAUAAUAAUAUCAAGGAGUACGACGAGAUAUCUUCUACCUUUACGAGAGAAUAUCGUAAUUAAUUUAGAACGAUAUCAUGAGAGGUUAAAGGAAACGACGACUAGCUGAGUUGAGUUUUAUCUUUGGUCUAAGAAGAAGACAACGACUCUGACCCACUCUUUGUAUCAUUAAUGAAGAUUUCAGUGAGUUACCGUGGAGAAGUUUACUUUUUCCCUUCGAAGGCCUAUCUUUACGAGAGACAACGAUAUAUAAUCUAACGAAAAAGGAAAAAAAACAAAAAAGGAAAAAGGAAAAAAAAUGAAAUAAAAAGUAAGAGAAUGUAAUAAAACUUCGAAGAAAGGAAUUAUCGUCGAAUUUCUGAAUUUCACCUGCUCGGGAAUUGAGUCCAGUGAGCUAUGUACAUUCCGCUAAUUAAAAGAGGAGAAUCCAAUGAGGUGCCAGAUUCGCGAUCGGCUUAGCAACGAUUCACGGAUUCGGUUUGUAAAGCCCCGCGCGGCUAAACAUACCGUUACGGCUGAACAUACCAUCACGGCAUUGAAAAUAUCGAAUCUGUUGUCGUUGAGCGCGCCUGCGAUACAAUCUAAAGAUCAGAGAUAACGAUUUUAAGAGAAUUUACACGAGGAAUGAUCCAGGAGAUUGAUCCAUUUCGCGAUGCUUCAUCGUUCCUAUUGUUUCAACGAAGGUCUCGUAAUCUAUAAGUGAUUAUGAUCGAUAGAAUUGUUUUUAAAAAUUGUUUCGAAAGGAAAAGAAAAGAAGUGAGAUAAGAGGGAGAGGAAAUAUCAAUCGGUUUAUCGACGAAAAAUUGGUCGAAAAAACUUGAAAGUAUUGGAGUGAGAAAGAAGAAGAAAAGAAAUAAGAAGAAGAAGAAGAAGAAGAAGAAGAAGAAGAAGAAGAAGAAGAAAGAAGGAUCGGUCGCGGUGAUCCAGUAAGUGAGGACGCUCGAUGAGUCCUAGCGGAAGGAAUCCUAGAGGAGGGAAUCGCGGCACCGAGUCGUGGCGAUUAUCAGAGAGUCGUUCGGUGUCUGCCAAGAAGACAACGAGGAGAUUCGAAGGAACGAGGAAAACGAGGAUCGGGUUGGCGCCUCUUUGAGAGCCGCAGGUGGGUGAUGCGUGGAAGCAGCUCGGAUCUUCUGUUGGAGGCGAGCUGCGGGCACUGUCACUGUCAUUGUCAGUGCCAGUGCCAGAACGAUUAUCAUCAUCAUCAUCGUCGUUAUUACGGACAGCAGAGCCUCGGAAGCUCGAGCGUAGGAGGCGAUAUUGGAGACGGAGGUGGAGGUGGAGGAGAAAGUGGUAGCGAUCGCCAUCACCACCACUAUCAUCACCAUCAUCAUCAUCAUCGUCAAGAACGAUAUAAGAAGAAAAACGAGGCACGUGAGUCGAAGGAACGAGAAUUACGUCGUCGCAAACUGUUGGAGUUAGGAUUUGGCGCUGCGAGGCGCCGACCGCCACGGCGUACCUGCCGUCAGCGGCUAAACUUUUACGCGACCUCGGCGUUGGCCUUCGUCGCGACCUCAGGCGGCGCCGCCCUCCUCUUCCUGGUACCGCUUUACGUUGAUCCAGCGAUCAGUACAUUAGCCGCCGAUUUCUCACCGGAACCGGUUAUCUGCACGACCUCCAGACGAGAGGAACUUUGGGGUCUUUUCAAUUGCACCUGGAGUUCUUGCCGGGAGGGAUGUACCAGUGACGUUUACAGGUGUACACAUAUAUACGUCACAUAUUCACCUUGGAACAACGAUAGUAUGAAAAACGAUACGGGAACAACUAGUGGCACUACUACGACUACUACUACCACAACUACGACCACCGCUGCUACUCCUGCACCAACGAGUGGCGACAUCGAGGCGGUACUUCUUGUUAACAUCAAGGGCUGCGGUUAUCCACCGGUCGUAGAUUGUGAGAAUUUUACUCGUGACAUGGGUUACGAGGGUGCAAAGUUUCCGUGUUACUACAGUCGUGUUAACGGCAGCAUCGUGAUGGCAUCUUAUAAUAGGGAGGCGCAUGUAGCUACGAUCAUUCAUCUCUUCGCGGCACCCUUGGUUGUAACUCUUGCAACUAGCGUCGCCCUUUGCGUCAUGCAUUGUGACUGCAGGUGCACGCCACCCCCUCGACAUCCGCCGCGUGGUAUGAGAAUGCACAGAGCUAACGAUCUCAGCGACCACUCGAUCAGCAACCGCGUGGAUCGGCGAGGUUAUCCAAUGCACUGCGAAUGUGAGUGCGGGGAAGUAACGAGGCCCUUAUGACGACGCGAGGAAACGGCUGAGAGUGGUUUGAUCACUUCUCAGUCGGACUUUUAGGCUUUAUGACCGAUCUCUUCUUCCUUCCAUCCUUCUCCCAUACAAUGAGUCCUUUCCAUAAAUUUCGUUUCCUCUCUCUCUCUCUCUCUCUCUCUCUCUUUCUCUCUCUCUCUAUAUAUAUAUACAUAUAUAUAUAUAUAUACACGGAAACACACAUGCAGAUACACACAUAUAUACUAUGACGCUCCCUAGAAAACAUUGAAACAUUUAUUGGAAUACGAGGAACUCAUCUUUGUUACGUUAUUAUGUCGUACAUACCAUGAUCAGGAAGUAAUUACCAUGCUCGAACGUAGAUGCUGGUAAUACCUCGUAUCUAACUACGCCUACUUGCUGUUAUUGUUGGUGCUGCUGGUGCUGUUACCGUUGCUGCUGUUGCAUCAUACAUGCAGAAGACAUCACAUAACCCGAAUACUCGCUUCGUUACCUUAAAUUCCGUCGAGAUACGCGAAAAAAAUGUUCGACAAAAUUAGUAGCUGUUAACUAUACCGUUAUUUUUCCCACGCCCUCACCCACCCCCACCUCUAUUUCUUUAGACUCGCAUUUGUAGAUUCGGUGAAUGAAGAAAGAAGAGAGGAUGGUGAUAACAAGGGAAAGAAAAUCAACGUGUUCCAAAGUCGAGCACCAAUUUCUACACUGCUCUGCGAAGACCGAAAUGUAGUUCGAGCUGAGACCAUUUUCUAUAAUGAUUCAAGCCGAUAGAUAGAUAGAUAGAUAGAUAAAUAGAUAGAUAGAUAAAUAGAUAGAUAGAGAACAGAGAUAAUAAUCUCGUGAACUUGUGAAUUUAGAUAGACGAUGACCAAAAAUUAAAGAGAGAACAAAAAAAAGAAAAAGUCUCCUAAGAAUAAUUCAUCACUGGUCUUGUAAUAUCGUUCGUCGUCAACUCUGUACAAUCGUUUCGACGAGGAAAAAGAAGAAAAAGAAAAAAAAAGAAUGGGACAAGAGAGAGAGAGAGAGAGAGAGAGAGAGAGAGAGAGAGAGAGAGAGAGAGAGAGAGAAACAACAGAGGAAGCAUGUCAUAGCAGACAUCAAAGUUUUUGGCGACGUUACAAGAGCCGAACGUGGUGUAUCACAUAUUUCAUUACCUGGCGUUUGCCAACAAGCAAGCAAAGCUUUGCUAUUCUUGACCAUUUUCCAGCAUGACGAUGGAGAAAUUCGUCCGAGCGGCUGGCCGACUCGGCAAAAAAAUAUACAGCCCUUAUAUACUUUCUAUAGAUUAAGCUCGACUUCCCAUCACGUUAUCACCGAAACGUUCGACCUUUUCUCAGGAUUAUUUUCAUUUGCAUAUUACGAAAUAUACGUUGUUAGUGAAGCAUGGGUGUAUGGGUGUGUGGGUGUGUGUGGAAAGUUGCCAAGAGAUUUAAGGUAUUCGCGAAUUUAGAAGGACGAUGAUGAUGGGCUUAAAGGUCUGGAUAAAAAGAUGAAAAAUGACUGGUAUAAUGAAAUAUCCGAUCGAUCAAGAAUAUAUCUCCUCUUAUGUUCGUGAUUUCCAACUUGUCCCUGUAAAAAUAACUGUCAUAUAGAAAAUGAAUGUGGAAAGAAAUAGAUUAAAAGAAAUGGAUUAGAAGCAUAUACAUUUCGAAUCGAAUCAUGGGAUGCUUCUUAACGCGUUUUAUGCAUACGUAUCCGUAUAUGUCUAUGUUUCCUUUAUAUAAACGUACGCAUUCGUUUAUUAUGGAUUAUAUACGUUUAGGCAAAUUGAUCGAACCGUUGGAGCACUUUACCCGCAGAGGGCGCAAAAGAUCGGUUGCUAGAGACAGGACAAAAAUUAAUCAAUAGGAUCCUAACCGUAAGUCUCUUGGCUAAUUUACUUUCCUUUCACUAAGAAAGCGAUCGUUAUUUUCAGUGAACAUAAAAGUGAGAAAUUUGAAAUACUACGAGAAAACGAUAUGAAUAAGUGAAAAAUUUGAAAAAUUGAAAUUGUUUUAACAAAAAACGGAUAAUAUUUUCUCUCUAUCAUUUAUGUUUUUCCUUUGUUUUUGAUUUCUUUUUAAUAAUUUUCCAUAUAAAAAUUAUGUUUAUUUUUUUUUAUUUUCAUAUAUAAUAAUCAUCGUUGCGAAUUAUUUUUAGACGCUGAGAACAAACAGUAACAAUCUCUUUACUUUUACACACGCUCGAUGAAAGGAUAUGUAAUUUGUAAUCACGCUCGUUCAACGAAUGAUGUAUGCGAACGGAAGUAACGCGAGCUUAGCGUAGGUGUUCCGGUAAUCGCGUAAGCUUGGCGUUCUAAACUCUUGGGUAUGUUCGAAAAUACGAGACACGAGGUAGAAGUAGAAGAACGCGAUUAUUAUAAACGCAUAUGUACGUAGGUAUGUGUAUCGAACGAAUUACCUAUGAGCACGCGAUAAUAUAUUAAAACUAGGAUGAAGCUUAUGCAAAGAUUAGGAUUUUCCUCGAUCUAAUAUUAAGGAUGACAUUAUUGCCAUAGUACGCAAAGAAGUAAAAUAAUCAAAUUAAAGGUCGAAUCAGAAAUGAUCGAAAAUUAUGAUUUGAAAUUUAUUUUAUUAGAGAGAAUAGAGACGAGAUAGAAUAAUCGAAAGAAAAAAAGAAAAUGUAUAGAUAUUUCUACGCAUCGUCCGAUAAUAAUUUUCUUCCUUUUCUGUUUUUUUUUCUUUCUUUUCUUUCUUUUUUUUUACUUUCAACAAAAGUAUAUGCUCCUUUGUAGGGAUAAAAUAUGUUUCAGGCAUAGUUGUUCAUAGCAGACGGAAAUUCGAAUAUCAUAGAUAGUCUGAUAACGAAGAAAAUUAAUACGUAGGGCUCUCGUCGAACAUCCUUUCUCUUCGUUUCUACUCUUACGAUGGCCUAACGAGGUACGAGCAAGUAUCCUUGAUUCGAAAUUAUCGAUCAUCCUAUAUAAAGGAAUUGUUCUCUCUCUCUCUCUCUCGUGGGUACAUCGAAAAUUUUAUGCUUCUUAUCAGUCUUUUUAUUAUCGCUAAGUUGACAACAUUGUUAAAUAUUCUUUUUUUCUCUUUUUAAAUUUAGUUAUUUAUUUAUUUUUUUUUUUUUAAUAAAUUUUGUUCUCUUAUUAAAUUUAUUUAUUAAUAUUUUUUUCUUUUUUCUUUUAUAUCUUCUUUAUUUCUUAAUUUUAGUUUAUCAAAUAUCGAGAAUAGAAAUUGAAAAAGACCUGAAUCAGGGUAAUACGUAAACUUAUCUCACGGAAUCGUGCCAAAUGAAUAAAUCGGCCGAUUCAAUGCGAAUCAGACUACACGACAAUCUUCGUUCCAUCGUAUAAGAAUAAAUUUCAUCGUCGAUGUUUGUAGAAGAAUAGUAAACGACAAGGAAAUUCGACGAAAAUAUAUGCAGCGACAAUGCAUGCUAAGGACUUUACCUUACUUCUCGUAUUACUUUUUCUUCUUCUCUUUCUUUCUUUUUGUUAUUUCUUUUUUCUUUUUAAUUUUUUAUUGUUGUUUUUUCCCAUCUUCCGUUUCCUUUUACGUUUUGACUUUUACUCUCUCUUUUUUAUCCCCCUUGUUAUAAUUAACAGUAAUCACGAAAAAAGAACGUGAUGCCUCGCGUGUUUCUUUCUGCUUACCAAGUAAACGUAAAAGUUGUCGGGGCAUGUAAACCAUCCCAUGGUAGCAUUUAUAUGUAUACACAUUAUUGCAACGAAGAUUGAAACUUCGUUUCUCUUUCUCUUACUUCGUUGUUUUUCUUAUUAUUUUUGUUUUCAACAAAACAAAAAGUACACCGAUAUUUUCUAGAUCGAUCCGUUUCAUAGUGCUUGUUUUUCGUUCGACUUCACGAUUACGAAGCGUCGUUCAUUCCUAUGAUACAAAUUAAUGUUCAUGGCUGCGAGAUCUAUUCUAUUACAUUCGUGGUAGUGGCAUCAUCGUGCAAUUACUUAAAGAAAAAGAAAACAAAAAAAUAAAAAGAAAAAAUAAAAAAAAAUUGAUCUCUCACGAUGACACGUGCUCGUCGUUUAUUCGCGUGUCAUUGCGAACGAUCAAAUAAGAAUAUUUCAUAUUAAUCCUACGGCAAAAUAUAACUUAACACGAAAUUCUUCAGGAUAUUCAAGAUGAUACCAUUUUCACGAGAUAAAUCUUGAAGAGAUUUCCUUUAAGAAAUCGUGUCUCCGUCUCUCGAUUUUUCCUACGAGUUACUUACUCACGAGAGGAUCGAUAAACGCAAGAUACAUCGAGCUGAUCGAAUAGAGCGAAAAGAAAGUGAUAGUACUUUCGUGGAAGAAAUUAGCAUUCCUUUCGAAGAAAAUGCAAAAAAAAAGAAAAAGAAAAUAAAAACGAACGAGAAAACAAAAGAGAUAAGGAAGAAAAAUAGAUUUCGUGAAAUCAAUGGGAGUCUCUGUUUAUCGCGAUGUUUAAAUCCGUACAUUUUUCAUUCUUUCGUUGAAGCGAAAGAAAAAGAGAGACAUAAGUGGGAGGGAAGGCAAGAGGAAAAGAGAGAGAGAGAAGGAGAGGGAAAGAGAAAGAAAAUGGUGAGAACUAUUUCGAAUAUCGAAUGAUAUAAACACGUUCGAUCGUUCCUUGUGCCUCGCGACGAAACAAAAGGAGAUUAAAAAAGAAAUCGAAUUAGGACGAAAGAAAAAAAGCGGAAAAAAAUAACGAAUAAGUGAGAAAGAUAGAGUAAAGAGUAAAGAAUAAACAAAAGAAAAAAAUUAGCUUUAAAACUAAGGUUAGAUAGAUGACGUUGGUCACCCUGAGCCGGUGACAACGGGCGGCAAGUACGUGUCGUUCUCAUGGGAGUAAGCUUUUAGCAAAAAUCUCCAUCCUGAAUAUUCAUUGCAAGAGAAGGGUGUCGAGAAACAUAGGAAAAAAGAGAGAGAGAGAGAGACAGAGAGGGAAGAGGAUGAAAGAAAAAUGGGGUAUAUUGCAGGAAAAACAAAAUGCUUCUCCCGUGAGACCGACGCUCCUUUGCUUUAAUUAAUUAUAUGGGCACUGCCAAUUCUGCAACUCUAAUCAAACGGAUGAAGCCGGCACGGCCAAUCAAAAAGAGGUUCCAAUCAAAUUUUAUUGCUGAAAAUUAUCCAUGCUACGAAGGGAUAUAUACACAUAGAUAUAUACAUAUAUAUAUACAUAUAUAUACAUACAUAGAUACACAUACAUAUAUGUAUAUAUAUACACAUAUAUAUAUAAUAAAAUAUGUAGUACAUACGAGCGUCUUUUUUGUAAGAAAAUAAAAAAAAAGAAAAGAAAAAAGAGUAAGGAAAUAUUAUUUAAGCUCAAAGCAAAGUAGGAAAGGAAAAAGUCAAGUUCUUAUCAAGCUUGAUCGUUUGAAAAUUGAAGAAAAUAUGUAUAAGAAGCAGCGAAUAUGGAAAGAAGAAGAUAGAAGAUAUGUGUAUAUAUACAUUAUAUAUAUAUAUAUAUAUAUAUAUAUAUAUAUAUAUAUAUAUAUAUACUUUUUAGACAUUAGACGUUCACCUAGGACCUAUGUAUAUAUAUAUACAUUAUUAAUUCGAAGCGAACAGUCACAAAAGCAUUGUUUAUGCGUUUUAUACAACACACGGCAAUGCCACACAUCGAUUUCACCUAGGAGUAAGAGGAGGAGGAGGAAGAGGAGGAGAAAGAGAAAGAAAAAGAGAAAGAGUAUAAGGCGAGAGUUAGAAUACGCGAAGGGUGUGGAGAAGGA